AUGGCUGGCGAGUUGCGAUUUGACGACCAAGUCGUCGUCGUCACCGGAGCUGGUGGUGGUCUAGGCAAGGCCUACGCUACCUUCUUCGCUUCAAGGGGAGCUAAGGUCGUUGUCAAUGACCUCGGAGGCUCAUUUAAGGGAGAGGGCAACUCGACGAAGGCUGCCGAUGUAGUUGUAGACGAGAUUAAAGCGGCCGGCGGUCAAGCAGUAGCCAACUACGACAGUGUCGAGAAUGGAGAAAAGAUCAUCGAAACCGCCAUCAAAGCAUACGGCCGAAUCGAUGUCCUACUCAACAACGCCGGUAUCCUACGGGAUGUCAGCUUUAAGAAUAUGACGGACCAGGACUGGGACCUGGUCAUGAAGGUGCAUGUUAAGGGCUCUUACAAGUGCGCGCGCGCUGCCUGGCCGCAUUUCCGUAAGCAAAAGUACGGCCGCAUAAUCAACACCGCAUCCGCUGCCGGCUUGUUCGGCAGCUUCGGUCAAGCCAACUACUCGGCCGCCAAGCUAGCUAUGGUCGGCUUCAGCGAGACUCUCGCGAAGGAGGGCAUCAAAUACAAUAUCAUCGCCAACGCCAUCGCCCCCAUAGCCGCGAGCCGCAUGACUCAGACUGUUAUGCCUCCGGAGGUUUUGGAGGCCCUAAAGCCCGAAUGGGUCGUUCCGCUCGUCGCCGUUUUGGUGCAUAGGAGCAACACUAAGGAGACCGGCGGAAUUUUCGAGGUCGGUGGUGGCCACGUCGCCAAGCUGAGGUGGGAGAGGUCGAGCGGUCUUCUCCUGAAGGCAGAUGACAGCUACACACCUGGUGCCAUUCUUAAGCAAUGGAACAAGGUCGUCGACUUCUCGAACCCUCAAUAUCCGACUGGUCCCAACAACUUCAUGGAACUCCUCGAGGAAUCGAUGAAGCUGGGUCCAAGUGAGCAGGGUGAGACACUAGAUUUCACCGGUCGCGUAGCCCUGAUCACGGGUGGUGGUGCUGGUAUCGGACGAGCGUACGCCCUUGCUUUCGCCAAGCAUGGCGCAUCCGUCGUCGUCAACGAUUUAGUCGACCCCGAUACAGUCGUCGAGGAAAUCAAGAAACUGGGUGGCAAGGCUGCUGGCGUUAAGGCAUCUUCCGAGGAAGGCGAAAAGGUUGUGCAGGGCGCUAUCGAUGCUUUUGGCCGCAUCGACAUCAUCAUCAACAAUGCCGGUAUUCUACGAGAUAAGGCUUUCUCCAACAUGGAUGACAGCCUUUGGGACCCCGUUCUCAAUGUUCACCUCCGAAGCACGUACAAGGUUACCAAGGCAGCCUGGCCUCACUUCUUAAAGCAGAAGUACGGACGUAUCAUAAACACUACAUCAACCAGUGGUAUUUAUGGUAAUUUUGGACAAGCUAACUAUGCGGCAGCCAAAGCCGGUAUUCUCGGAUUCUCCCGCACAAUUGCUCUGGAGGGCGCCAAAUACAAUAUCUACUGCAACACUAUUGCACCAAAUGCAGGCACAGCCAUGACGCGUACUAUAUUGCCUGACGAGCUAGUCCAGGCCUUCAAGCCUGAUUAUAUUGCUCCUCUUGUCCUUGCUCUCUGCAGUGACAAGGUUCCCGAGAACCCUACGGGAUACUUAUACGAAGUAGGCAGCGGUUGGUGCGGCCGGACGAGAUGGCAGCGAACUGGAGGCGCCGGCUUCCCCGUGGACGUCAAGCUGGUUCCCGAGGAAGUCGCCAAGAACUGGGCUAAGAUCGUCGACUUCGAUGACGGACGAGCAGACCAUCCGGAGAAGAGCCAGGACUCUGUGGCGAAGAUCAUGGCCAACAUCGAGAACAAACGAGCGGCAUCUAAGGAGAUCCCGGCAGGUAACCAGUACCUCGCUGCUCAGAAGAAAGCCAUCACCGCUGCAUCCCCGGCAACGGAGUUCAGCUACACCGAACGUGACAGCAUGCUCUACAACCUAGGUAUCGGCGCCAAGAGGACCGAGCUGGCCUACGUGUUCGAGGGCCACGAGGACUUCCAGGUGUUGCCGACGUUCGGUGUGAUCCCGCAGUUCGACGCCAACAUGCCAUUCAGCUUCGAUGAAGUGGUGCCCAACUUCUCACCCAUGAUGUUGCUGCACGGCGAGCAGUACCUUGAAGUCAAGAAGUACCCGAUCCCGACGGCGGCUAAGACAAAGAACUACGCCAAGCUGAUCGAGGUUGUGGACAAGGGCAACGCGGCAAUCCUCAAGAGUGGCGUAACGACGGUCAACGCCGAGACUGGCGAGGAGCUCUUUUACAACGAGGCUACCGUGUUCCUAAGGGGCUGCGGUGGCUUCGACGGACAGAAGAAACCGUCGGAACGAGGAGCAGCGACGGCGGCGAAUAAGCCUCCGAGGAGGUUGCCAGACAUUGUCGUUGAGAGCACGACCACGGAGGAGCAGGCCGCCGUUUACAGGCUUAGCGGCGAUUAUAACCCCCUUCACGUUGAUCCUAACUUCGCCAAGAUGGGCGGGUUCAAGGUGCCGAUCCUACACGGUCUCUGCUUCAUGGGUAUCGCGGGCAAGGCCGUUUACGAGAAGUUCGGUCCGUUCAAGAACAUCAAGGUCAGGUUCGCGGGCACCGUGCUCCCCGGCCAGACCCUGGUUACCGAGAUGUGGAAGGAGGGAGCCAACAAGGUCAUCUUCCAGACCAAGGUCAAGGAGACCGGCAAGCUGGCUAUUUCCGGCGCGGCCGCGGAGCUGGUCGGCGAUGGAAGAGAGGGAAAGUUGUGAGUAGAGUGUCUAGGAUGAGCAAGUGAGUAUGGUGAAACGGGUAGAAUAGGUGGGACGCAAGGAGAUAAGAUGAGUUGAUGAAGAUUAUGUCGCAUAGUGGACCUUUUUUUUCUCUUCCUUGUUUUGCAUGGUGGAAUAUGGAAUUUGGAAUUUGAGUUCGGCGUCUUUGUUACAAAAAUCACUGAUAUAUAUAAUUUGAUACAGGUUUGUUUAACUAGUACAUCGUACCGGAUGGAUCUAGCAUGCAUGAAUGGAUACAUGUCAUCUGGGUUUUACAUAAAUCUACCUACGCUCUUUGGUUUUGUUUCGUAAUUUCGGCCCGUCUACGAUAGGCCCGGGUAAAGAGGGUAAGUUGUAAGGGAAAGUGAUUAAUGCUAAAAAGACUAGGUUGUAUUAGUCAUCAUUUGAUAGAAUCAUCGAUAUGAAGAUAAUCCAAGUAAUACUUUGUCUAAAAACUAUGUAAUACACCAAAAUUACUAUGACAAACGUUGUAAGGCUAUAGCUUAC